GGCGCCACUGGGGCUGUGGCUGUGGUUGGUCUGGCCAAGAAACUGUGGCCCCCGCAACGGGCCUUGCCGGUACCUCUGCCGGAGCAGGUGAGAUCGUGGUGUUGGGAAGUACAUCUGUGUUAGUUCUGUCAGAUUGGCAAUGGUUCGUAGUGGAAAAAGUGGUGGGCUUCACUUGAAGCAGAUUGCAUACUACAAGCGAACAGGGGAAUAUCAUCCCACAACAUUAUCAAGUGAAAGAAGUGGAAUCAGGAGAGCUGCCAAAAAAUUUGUUUUCAACGAAAACAAGUUGUUCUAUGUUGGAAAAGACAGAAAACAAAUGCGCCUGGUAAUUGUUUCAGAUGAAGAGAAGAAAAAAGUCCUUGAGAAAUGCCACAAAAGUGCUGCUGGAACUCAUCACGGUAUAUCAAGAACACUGACUUUAGUGGAGUCUAAUUACUACUGGACCUCUGUAACAAAUGAUGUCAAGCAGUGGGUGCAUGCUUGCCAGCAUUGCCAGGUGGCAAAGAGCAUAGCCACCAGAGUACCCAAAAUACACCCUAUCAAAGCAGAGGAUCCAUGGACAGCAGUCACUAUAGAACUAAUAGGACCUUUCAAUGUUACCAACAGAAGUCACAAAUACAUCAUAAUUAUGACAGAUUUGUUUACAAGAUGGACUGUUAUCUUACCACUGCAUGACACUUCGGCAGCUGAAAUUGCUAAGGCAAUCAUAAAUGUGUUUUUCUUAUAUGGGCCACCUCAAAAGAUGCCUAUUGAUCAGGGGAAGGAGCUUGUUUAUCAGAUAAAUGAAGAACUGUUUGCACUGUUUGGAAUGAAGCAAAUUGUAUUGUCUUAUCCUCAGACGACACAUGAUGUAAAUGAAAAAAUUUCAAAAACAAUCAAAACUUUCCUUAACAAGUAUUGCAUAGACCAUCCAAAUGAUUGGGAUGAACAUUUAUCUGCUAUAGCCUAUGCUUUCAAUUUGACAAAUUUGGAGCCAGAUCAAAACACUCCAUAUUUCCAAAUGUUCAACCGUAAUCCACGUGUUGUUGAGCCCAUGAAUAUGUGUGUGGAAGGAGAAUAUAGUAGUUUUGCCAAAAUAUUUGAAGCAACUAAAAAAUUCAGUCAAGCACUGGAAGAAGACAAAACCUCAGAUUGCCAGGCAGAUAAAAAAACUCCAGAUGAACCAAAAAUCAGAACCAAAAUCACAGUCAAAAGGAAGUCAAAACAAUUAAAUACUCUUCAACUUAAAGUUGGUCAUGAAGUCCUCAGGCAAAGAAAAAACUGGUGGAAAGAUGGUCGUUUCCAGUCGGAAUGGAUUGGUCCUUGUAUCAUAGAUUACAUCACAGAAAAUGGCUGUGCAAUAUUAAGAGAUUCUACAGGAUCCAGGCUGAAAAGACCCAUCAAGAUGUCUCACCUCAAGCCAUAUGUAAGAGGGUCCGGUGAAAAAGGCAACCAUUACAUUCUACAAGGUGCAGUAGUUUUUGACCAUGACUAUAUUGGCUUAUCUGAAAGAUCUAAUAAUUCAAGCCAAGCAGACUCUUUUGCUGAAAAAGAAAUAAAUGCCUACAAAAGAGAUAUCGUGUCUGCUGUACAGAUUCCACCUGCAGCCUGCAAAGACCAAGAAUCAGCAGAUGGUAAACUUGAGUCUGAGCUGAGAGAAGAUCAUUGCAUUGAACCAAACAUUACAAAGCCAGAGCAAUGGCCAUCACCUUGUUGGACACUUCAGACAAAGACAGAGGAUACUUAAGCAUAGUCUUUAUCACAUUUCAUUGCCAAGCAGUUUGGAACUACUGUGGCAAACUGAAAAAAAAAAUUAAUAGCUCCAACCUCCUUAGCCCAAUCCACUUUACUCCUUUAUGAAUCUAAGAGUGCUUUAGGUAUCUAAUUUGUCUGGGUGUUAAGAAAAGGCGCUAGUAAAAGCACAUAUUCUGAUCAUUCAUUUCAGUUCCAGAUUUUGUUGGUAGAAUGGCAAUGUGGCCAUGCCUUACUGUUAUCCUCUCAGGACACAAUGCAUCAUUUCACUGUAACGACCUUUUCCAUUUAAUCCUUGGAUGACUUAUUCCUAAUGUGCACUGUCAGAUGAAUUAAAACCUAAGCAAGUUGGUGUAAAUUUUUCCUCCACUACAGUGAAGCUCAUGUGUUCCUUUUCCUGUUAUAUAACAGUUUUCUAUUCAUUUUGAGAAGCUGCAGCAUCUGACUUGUAUAACUUUUAACCCUAAUCAAUUUAAGAUCUCCCAAAACAAUAAAACUGCCAAAAUCAAAUGCA